UAAGCUUGAAAUUUACACCUCGUUCUUAACAUCCUACUAGUACAGUACAGUAUACCUGGGCUGGUAGUAUACCUAAAGUACUCUGGUUUCAUUGACAUUGACCCAAAAGCAAGCAAAACAAAAUGCUAAAUGCUAAUUGCUAAUGAGUUUGAGCCUUUAAUUCCCAACCAAUAGGAAAAAAUGUACAUUUUACAUUAGGAAAGACACAUGACACAGGCGGGAAAAAUAAUUGUUUUACAGAUGUGUGAAAGGCCAAUGGACAGAAAGAUACUGACCAGACGGCUAUGUUAAAAAAAUUAAACAACAUUCCAGUUCCUAGUUCCUCACCUUCCUCUGCUACGGUGAGAAUCUCCAGUAGCCAAAUAUUCCUCAAUUGAAUAAUUUAUAUUCAAUACUGUAUGUUUUUAAGUCUUUGUUUCUAGAGUUUUUGUCUUCCCAUCACAAUUUUGGCAGGUAUGGGCCACGCACCCCAUCUUUAGGUCCAUUCCUUUCUGUAAAAGCCAAUUUUUUUAAUCUCUUUCUUUUGAACAACAAACAUAUUGUGGGGACAGGAUUACAACCAGGCACGGUCUAGUUAUAUGCAUCCUAUUUAUAGUGCUGGCUCACAGUGUUCAGCUGUAACCCAACUCCAUCUGUCAAGUCACGUCCUCUGAGCGCUCUCCCUUCUACAGUAGCACCACCGCUACAGGCCGCAGACACUCUGGUCUGAGCCGCCGUCACAGCCACACAGACAGCUGUCUCUCUGUCCGACCGCACAAAUAUGGAGGCUCUGUAUGUGCAAACCCUGACAGACGACGGGGUCUUUGUAAGAGAAGAGGGAGAGAAAAGGGGGAAACAGGAAGUGGAAGGAACACAGGCUCUGUCGGCCUCGGGCUCCAGCACAGAUGAGGAAACGGACGAGGACUCAGAACCAGAACCAGAGCCUCCACCGUUUGUUCGUAGGAAGGUGUCAUUUGCUGAUGCAUUUGGUCUGAACUUGGUGUCAGUGAAGGAGUUUGACAAUGUAGAGGUGGCAGAGCUGCCGGUGAUUGAGCCACCAGAGACGGAAGCAGGCUUGGCUUUAGAGGAGUUCUACAUCUCCUGUCUGUUUACAGUCCCUUCAUCCCAGGAGGAGCUGGACCAGAAGCUGAAGACACAGAUGGUCGAGCUGGAGAGCUUCCAGUUCCUCCCAGGGACCACCACGCUGCGUGGCAUCAUCAGGGUGGUCAACCUCUGCUACAAUAAGUCUGUGUAUGCACGGAUCAGCCUGGACCGCUGGAAGAGCUACUUUGACCUGUUGGCGGAGUACGUGCCCGGAUCCAGUGACAGGAAAACAGACAGGUUCACUUUCAGGUACACGCUGAUCCCUCCCUUCGCAAAAGAGGGCACUAGAGUGGAUUUCUGUCUGCGUUACGAGACGUCACUAGGCACAUUCUGGGCCAACAACAACAAAAUGAACUAUGUGCUGUUCUGCCACCAAAAGGCUCAGGUGAAAGAGCAGGGGAGUGUGGGGUUUGAGGAGAUUAUCAGCCACAGGAGCAAGAGGAGCUGCCUCAAAGCUAACAGGAGGGGAAGUGCCGAGGAACAGGCCAAGGAGACAAGUAGCACAACAGUAUCCACAGAAGCACCCACUCUUUAUAAAGAUGAGGAGACUGAUGAAAAGGCGACGGUGAGCUCACAGAUCUCGUCAUCAAAUGACCUCAAAAAUCGCAGAACUUCAGUGGAUAACGUCAAAGGCUGGCAGAGAACGCCACGCUUGAUCCGUGUGCCGUUCCCUCGUUCCCUCCAGAAUGGACAAAUACCUUUGGCCUAUUCACAUGACUCUGCCUCAGGCCAAAAGGUGUCUCAGCCUACGCCAACUCCGUGGUGUCAUCCCGCAAGCAUUCCCUUUAGUCUCCACAAGAAGGCAAACAACAGUCAACAGGUUCUCACCUACCAUCAGAUUCCACUGCUGACGCUGGACUACAACGAUAAACAGGACAUUUGGGAUAAAGAUGCUAAAACCAAGUUCAAGGAAAAUACAGAGGACAAUCAGUCUGUGAGUGAUUUGUGGGAGAGUUUUCUCAAGGGGACAGAUGCUGCUAAUGAACAAGAACCAUCAGUGUUGGAGGUGUGGCAGUCAUUUCUCAGCGAGCCCAGCUGUAAGGACCACUCUACUGUUCCGGAGUCAGAAUGGCUGCAAAGCGCCACCUCCGUGUCUCCCUCCAAUCCAAACAUAACAAGCAGUGUGGCAUUUCCAGGACUUCAGGUGGAGAAGGAUGCACCCGCGUUGGUACAGGCAGAGACCUCGGCGGCAUGUCACCCACUGUCCGACAAAUGCAGGGCGUCGUUGUCUAAAGUGGUCCUGAACACCGAGGCCCAGCUGCCAGCAGGUGCACGUGUCAGCAGGGCAAGGGAUGACAACGCGGGGACACAAGAUGCAUCUCAAAGGUCACAGACAAACUCCCUAACAGACACUUUGCAGGAAUUUAGCCCUGAGGGGGCAACGGCUGUGUCCAGGGGUGGUGUUGACAGUUCGGCAGAGCGUCAAGAGCGUGCAUUCUGGGAGCAGGUGGGAGAGGGAAUAAUAAGAGCAGCAGAAGGAGCAGGAGAAGAUGAGCCUGUCAGAGUGCACACAGCUGACUUAGUCACAAGCUCAGGGGAGUGGAAGACAACAGACAUGACAGCAAUGCCAGAAUCUCAGAAUGCCAGCACUGUUGAUGUUAUCUCACAGAGAGCAAGACCAGGUGAGGGUCUUUCUUCCAGUGGAGACGAGGAGGGUACAGGUACUGCACACAAUACGCCGGCUGACACGCUGGCAUUUAGGGAGACAAUCAGACAGGGGACAAAGAGCAGGGAGGGGUUUGUCUUUUCUACAUCCAGACAAAGAGCAGAAGAAAAUAUCAUGACAAAGUGUAUGGAAAAUGAAGUAUGUGCAGGGGAGACGAUAUUUAGCCUUCCCUGUGAAGAGGAGCGUGAUUCCAGAGGCUCCCAGAGGUAUGCAAAUGACACGCAGGGUGAGGAAUUUAUUCCCGUCCAGAAGAAAGGAAAUCCAUUACUGGAGAAUGAGGGAGGCGUAAAUGGAACAGGAACAGCACACGAAUUCAAUCCAAACCAAACUUGUGAGGAAAAUAUUAGAGCGAGCCGCGUAAUGAGAAGUGAAUUCCAAUUGCGUGAAACAGAAAACAGAGAUAUGGCAUCAGGUAACAAGGAUCUGGAGAGAGUCGGAGCAGAGCAGGUGGAAAAUUCCUACUGUACAAAACCCGACUCAAAGAGACUAAUUAGUGCAGAAUCAGAAAUGACACCACUCGCGGCGGAGGCGCAGAGACGUGCUCAGAGGGGAGACACGUCGAUGAAUCCGCCAGCGCAAGGUAAACAUUCAAGGUCAAUCCGAGCGGAGGUGGAGGAACCAACACAAACAGAGGGAAUUGAACCCGCAACAAAGGCAGGUGAUAUUGACUUAGUCUCAAAUAUGACAGAAGUGAGUGAGAGUUUGAUCAAUUGCGGAACAAAUGAGGAGGAACAGGAAAAUUCUGCGAUUUUUUCAACUGCACUGGAGGUGGUAGAAAAGACAGAGGAAUCACCCCAGGGGGUAAUGAAGGGUCAGGGGGAGCACACAGGCUCACACAUCACCCGUAAAGAAGUUCUGGCAAAUUCAGGGCGAGACGCUUCCAAUCUAGAUAAGAGUCAGAGUCACGAUGAUGAAAAAAUGGGAGAUGCAGAGAUGAGAGCAGAAGGAGCAUGGGAGAUGAAGGCCCCUGAGUGUGAGAUGAGGGAGGCGUCAGCUGAAUUAGAAGAACAAGGUUUGACGCCAGACGUUGAGAAUGUUUUUCCCGUUGAACACAAAAAGCAUCCAGAAGGGACAAAGGUACCGAUCUUGGCAGGUAAGACUGUAAAACCCAAAGUCUCAGAGUUGAAAUCCGAGGCUGAGAUGGUGGAACGAUUUGGUGAAGAUUUGUUGAGGAGGAUUUGGGAGGAGGUGUUUGGCCCAAAGGCCAUGAGGAGCAAACAAGCUGCAGAGAAUUCAAGCGAUACAAUCAUGACAGAAACAGACAUAGAACCCAAGUUGGCCGAGUGGAAAGUAAAGAUGUUGGUAGAGAGGUUUAGUGAGGAGAUAGUCAGAAGAAUAUGGGAUGAGGUCUUCAGCCAUACCUGCAACCUUCAUUUUGAGCAACAUGCUAAGUCAGACAGAUUAUCCGAAAAUGAUCAGCAUCAAAGAUUGUGCCAACACCUGGAACAAACCCAGGUGACCGACAAGUCCUCGAGUAAGAAAAGCAGCCAGUCGCUGACAAAAUUAAAUCAAACAAAAGUCGUCUCUGAACUACCGACAGAUUUCAAAUCUAAAGCUAAUCUCAGUCCAGAUUGUCUCUUUCCCACAUGGAAUAAAUUAGCCCAAAGUCACGGUUCUCCAAAGAACCCAGGAACCUGCGGGAUCCACAGAAGAUCCCGCAGCUGUCAGGAAACAGUUCGACAUCCAGGCCUCUCCUCUGAGGAGCUGACAGGGUCGCACGGUCUCGUACGGUGGAGCAUGUUCGUGCUCAGCCAAACCGCCAAGCUACUCGCGUGCAUCCUUUUUGUGGUAGGAUUUUUUGUCAUCCUUUCUUACUACGAUUUCACAACAUUCUGUGCGGCCUAUCUGUUUUCCCUGGUCUGUUGGUGUUACAAGUGGAAGAGGCUCCGAGAGCCAAUGAAUAAGGACGUUGGAGGAGAGUUUUCAGAGGAAAAGGAUGUUUUAGGGUGUAAUGGCUGACAUCAAAGGACAUUAAAGCUCAGUGUAAAGCCUUCCUGGCAGUCAGAUAUUUUUGUACGUAAAUGUCAGACGGUCAACUACAGUUGACAUGUUAUCCCCUGGUACUAUUAGCCUCCUAUUACCCUCUGUUUGUAAGUGAUUUUUUUUAGUUUCUUGACUACUUGAAUUGAUGCGAUUAGUCGAUCAGUGUGAUGUUAUGUUGCUUUCAAGGUCUUUAUGGUAUAUUAGCAGAUGAUAAGAGACUAUAUUUUUUAGGGGUGAUUUCCCGAAAAAUACAAUUUUUGUUUCUUUUGUUUGUAGACCACACAUGCCAAACUCAGGCCCGAGGGCCAAAUCUGGCCCCUGGUGUGAUUGCAUGAAAUCAUAUCAAAUGUGUACUAGAGUUGGCCCACCAGUAUA